AUGGCAACAUUUUGAUGGAUCUUAAAAAAAUCUUAUACUUCAUUCACUUCACACAUUACCUCCGGCGCCAUAUUGCUGUCCCCGUGCGUGCGUUUGAUAUUGAAUCAUUCGGCAUUUAGCUGUUCCUGACUGCAGGUGUUUAGAUCAACCUAAUAGGUUUCUUCAUAAACGAUUACAAUGGGUGACCGAAACAAUCCCAUAAAGUUUGGUCCUGAGUGGCUACGUAACCUAUCCAGAGAGCGUAGCGCAAGAUCUAACAACAACAACAAUCAUAGCAUGAAUCCCAGUACAGGCCCUUCAUCAAUGGCUGGCUCCUCCGGAGGGCCGGUGGGAGCCACAUCAGCUAAUGCCUCAGCAGGAUCGUCAUCUACAAAUACUACUACAGCAUCAAAAGUCCUCCUUGCCAAACUUAGGUAUGGCCGGGAGGAAAUGCUAGCCCUAUAUGAUAGAAAUGCAGAGGCACCACCAGAGUUGAAAAGCAUUGAAACCUUGUAUCAACCACGUGGGAAACAACCGGCAGCACUUAACAACACAUUUGAAGAUGAUGUCAGGGAUAACUUGCGGAGUGCUCCUCCCAUUGGGCAUCCAACCCCUUCUGGGGACAGAUUUCUACUUGGGCGUGGUCGAGGUCUCAUGAGUGACGGACGCGGCAGGCCCCGCGGUUCUUACAUACGUCAGCCAUCUUUGGGAAGGGGAGGAGGUAUGUGGCACGUUGGCCCGAGGAUGCCGGGCUACAGUGUCGGCGUGGAUGAAGACGUUGGCCCCAGUACUCGUCCAUGGGUUAAUAAUAGCCUGAACAUCAGUAACAGAAAUAGUGGAGAUCAAACGGACUGGUCGACGAAAAUGUACAGGACCAAAAGGCAAGGAAAUAACACCAAUUGGCGACAGACGCAAUCGACCAGCCGAGAUGACGGAGAAGAAUGGCGUUCCUCGGAGCCGGGGAGAUCUCGUCCACUUGAGAAAUGGGAUAGGGACUGGGGUGACAGACCAUCCAAUGAAAAAUCUCAGUCAUGGAACAAUAGGCGCACGUGGGUCGCUGGAGAUUCACAAAAUAAUGAAGAAAAUUUACCGGAAUGGGCCGUUGAGAGUGCGGAGUGUGGAGGCACAUUUGAUGCGUCGGGAGCCUUUCACGGAUACAGUAAUGAUGACAGUAACCUGCCUAAACACCAAGAUCCUCCAUAUCCACUAACAAGGUCCCACACGCACGGAGGUGUAACGAGAUCGAAAAUAUUAGAAGGUUCAGAAGAAUGGUGGGCUUCAGAAAAGGCUAAAAAAUUGUCACCAAAACGUUUUGACGCUAGCGAUCUCAAAUUUAAAAAGCAGGCUGGUACUGGAACAACCGAUGGUUCCAGUGCCAGUGGAACUAACAAGCCGGAUGCGAAUGAUGACCUCCAGGAGAUACCAGAAAAGUUGGAAGCUGAACCACAAGAAGAGGAGGAAGAAGCGGAGACCAACAACACAAACCAAGGUGAAAAUCAAUAUGGAAACGAUAGUGCUUUCUCAUCUGAUAAGUUUACAGAGAGUAAAACAUUUGACGCACUCAUGAGGUCUGAUAUUGAUUUAGAGGAAGCAAGUGAUGAGCGGGGCAACUUCCAAUCUGUACUCAUAAAUUCUAACAACAGUCUGCGUCAGAAACAUCAACAUCUUGUGCCCUCUAUGAAAGAGGGCUCCGGGCAAAUACAUAACAUGAAAGGACCACUGAAACCUAAUCAGGAUAUGGAUCUCAACUCGCUCAAAUCUGCUGAAGAAUUGCUUGUGGAUAACAUAUUUGGUAUGACACUUGACGAUAAAGAACUGCAUUCCUCACAAACGUCGAACUCAUUUUCCAACUCGGGUAUAUCAACGUCAAUGCCAAAUCAAAAUAUGGCAAUGGGUAUGUCUAAUACUGCGCUGCCAAACCAUGGCAUGAGUAUGGACAUGCAUAUGAACAGUCAGAACUUACAAUCACCACCGGUGCACCACCCGCCCGUUGUAAUGAACGCCAGUAGUAUGCAACCAGGGAUGCCUUCAGGCAUGCAGGGUGGUUUACACAUGGCUGGAAUGCCUGUCGCUAUGCAAAAUGCCGCAUAUCCAUCACCCUUACAAAAUAUGCCAGGCAUGCCCUCAGGCUCAUUGCAAAAUAUGGCGGGAAUGUCAUCAGGUGGCAUGCAGAACAUGCCCGGUAUGCAAGCACCACGGGUGCAAACUCCAGGAAUGCAGCCAGUCAUGCAAAAUGUAGGCAUAACCAAUUCUGCCCUGAAUGCCUCAUUGGGCCUGCCAAUUGGUCCGAACAUUGGUCAACCAUAUCAAGGCAUGCCACAGCAAGUUAUACAAAAUAAUUCUACUUUGGGGUCACCCGGUAUCGGAGUACUUGGAUCAUCAUCAAUGCAGAGUGGAAGUAAUAUGCCCGGGUUCCCAUCCAGCGCUAAUAUGGGCGGUAUUUCUAACAAUGUAGGAAAUUCGUCUUUGUUCAUGUCACAAAAUUCCAAUAACCCAUCAAUGUCUGCAGCGAGUGACAUGCCAAUGUCAAAUCAUUCAGGACAAAAUAAUAUGAUGAUGAACUUAGGAAUGCAAGGAUCUCAGAAUCCAUUCGGCAAUUCCAUUUACGCAAACAAUCCGAUGCCAGGGACCAGCUUAAUGGACCAAUGGUAUUAUGAAGAUCCUGAGAGGAACAUCCAGGGUCCAUUCUCUUCGAAAGAUAUGUACAACUGGUACAAAGCCGGUUUCUUUAGUCCCAGUUUGAUGGUGCGCCGAGCUUGUGAAACCAUGAUGAGACCAUUAGGUACCUAUGGACCAGUCGUACCAUUUGCUCAGAUGGAUGUGAUGUCACAGUUUCCAAUGUCCAGUGGAUUUGAUCGUCCACAAGCGUCACACGACAAUUUGUUGAACUCGCAGUCACUGGGUUUGGAUGUGGAAUCGCUUUGGGGCCAGGGCCCGACUUCGUCUGGCGAUAUGAUGUGGAUGCAACAGCCGCGUAACCGUUCAGAAGCUCGGGUCAACAACCUCCCUAUCUAUUUUUGGCAGCAACAGCCCUCAGCCAUCAAUUCAAAUUCUCUCCUACCGGAAGAGAUUGCUAAGGAGAUGAAGACUGAAGAUCAGAUCCUGGCGCAGCUGCGAGCGACACAGAACAUGGGCCCGCCGCAGUCACAGCCGUUCAUGAGUGAACUGCAGGGCCCCGCCCAGCCCACCGCCAAUGCUGAGGACUGCUUCGCUACAAACGUCAGCGCUACUCCCAACCUGGAAGAAUUGCAUAAGCUUAUCCAGAAGGAGACCCUGACUGGCCAGGCCCCAGUUAACAACGUGCCCGAGCCUGAGAUCAAUGAGCCACAGCCCCCAGUGGCGAAGCCCGUGAAACCAGAACAGACUGUCAGCGAGACGAGCGUUAUCAUAGUAAAGCCUCUGUCUAACAAGAAUGGCGCUGAAGUGAAACAGCAGAAACAGGCGAAAGAGGCCGACAAGACAACAAAAAACAAGGAGAAUAAUAACACGAAGAAUAAGAAUAAGAAAUCAAAGGAAGAAAAGAAAGACGAAGUUGACAAUAAGGUGAAAGAGGAAGAAAUUGCAAAGGUCGAGAAAAGAUCACAGGAACCAUCGCCGUCCAAGAGCAAGAAAGAAGAAAAAUCCAAUAAGAAAGACAUUGAGAAAGAGAAGAAGGAGUGGAUCAAGGAAGGCUUCACUAUCGUGAAGGGGUCAGAGAAGAGCUCGAAUAAGGAUAGUAAGAAGAAGGCGGAGGAAGCGCGCGCCGCUGACGAGGCUGAGCGUAAGAGGAAAGAGGAAGAGAAAUUAGCUUCUGAGGAAGAAAAGAAAAAGAAGCAGGUGGAAACGGCUAAGAAGCAGCAGGAACAACAGGCGCAGCAACAACAACGCCAAGCGUCCGAGUCGGUAAUAAAGAAGGCUCCGUGGUCCUCCGUCACUAGCCAAACCAUGCAGGCCACUAACAAGGACGGACUCACGCUCGCAGAGAUACAGCGACUCGAACGUGAGAAAAAGCUAGAACAGAUGAAGGAACAACAGCAAAUGAUGCAAAUCAUUGCGCAACAACAAGCUGCCGCUCUUGCCCGGGAACAGGAAAUGCAGGCCGGACUGGGUUGGGCCAAGAAGAAGGGCAACAACCAACCGCAAGGCCAAAGUUUAACUGAAAUCCAGGCGGAGACCCGCAAGCAAGCCAUGGCUGCAGCCGUGGCAGCUGCAGCCGCCGCUAAAGUUGUUGAAGAGACUGAGGCCGCCGCAGCCCCACCGCAGACUAACCACGCCCCAUGGGCCAACACGCAUAAUGGAGUGGUUGGAUUCUGGGACACCCAGCCUAAUUCAGCGAAGGAGAAGAACAAUGAGACUCCUAAGCCGGCCGAGUCUACCGGCGCCAGGUCUAAGAAGAAGCUGACACUUGCCACGCCGUUGAAGAAGGACACGGCUCCCGCCAUUGAAUUCGAAGCUUGGUGCACCAAUGUGCUCUCUUCAUGGAGCUCGAAAAUUGAUGUACCAACAUUUGUUGGCUUCCUGAAGGACAUUGAGUCACCUUACGAGGUGAAAGAUUACGUCAAAUGCUACUUGGGCGAGUCGAAGGAAUCCAACGAUUUCGCUCGCCAGUUCUUGGAGAGAAGGUCUAAACUUCUCCGCGUCGGCAUGGUGACGCCAUCCGAUGACCUGUGCUCCCCUGCCAUCGCGGUGAACCCGCGCACUACCUCCGGCUCUGACUACCAGGAGGUCAAGGGCAAGGGGAAGAAAUCUAAGAAGAAUAAGAUGCUGAAGGUCGACGUGCGCAUACUGGGAUUCUCAGUGACUGCCGCUGAAGACCGCAUCAAUGUAGGCGACAUCGACACCGUGUGAGGUAUCGGCGCCUACCCUCUCGUGUUCACUCUUAACUCGCCUUGUGAUAGCCCAUCGGAGAUAUAAACGCUCGUGUCGAUACUUACUCUUAAUACGUUCGAUGCCCCCGGGUGACUCAGCGUCGGCAUCGCCCGCUGGUAUCCAUCGAGCCUGCUCGCGAGGCUGCGUCACCCCAUCGCACACUAAUCCUCCUCGAAUCAAUAAUACAACGCGCUUACGCUCUCAAGCAGUCUGUACAUAUAGCUGGCGUUGACAAUACAUCGCGACACUAAGUACUUGUUGUAUUUAAGUCUUUAAAUACUGCUAACCGCAGUUACACCAUAUAAUGCUUUUAGAAAUUCACCGUAUUGUUCAUAAGCAAUCAAUAAAUCCACUAUAGCUGUGGAAUGUUCAAUUGACUCUUUCUUGCUACCAAUUUCGGAUUUGACUGAUAAAGAAAACAUUCCAUAGCUAAACUAGUUUUAUGAUUGUUAUGAAUGAUAUUAUUAUAAUUUAUAAUACUUAGUGUCUUAUAAAGCUGUGUCGUCAGUGCCACCUAAUAUAUUUUUCUAGGUUUAAGUAUCGUAAGAAUUUGUACAUAUGUAUUAUUGAGUCGAGGCUUACUACUGGCUGUCAAUUUCAUGUUCAUUACUUUUCUAAGCUGUGUAAAAUCUUGAACAAGGUUACCGAUUUAUUUUAAUGAUAGUAAUAAAGUGCAAGCAGAAUAUAAUCAAACAUUCGCGUUGCCUACUGCAUGUCCAUAGUAUAUACAUCUUGGAGUCUCGUCACGCCGGUUUUGUACAGCUUCAUUAACACUCAACGACGCUGGGGCGCAGGAGGCGGUCGUGCGGAGAAGCGCAACGCGAAUGUUUCAUUAACGGAAUAGUUGUAAAAUGUAUCCGCCAGAGUAACCGUUCGAGCCAGUCAGUAUUUUGGCCAUAGGAAGCACAUGUCAACUCGUCACUUAGCUAGUGCAUAAUAAACCACCGUAAUAUUGUGCCUUCAGUGUUUUCUGGCAGUUGAAUGAGUGGAGGAGUGUCAUCUUUGAAGCGUUUAUUUUGCGUCUUCAAUAAUAUUCAUAUUUCUGGCAUAUCGCAAAUAAUGUGUUAGCCGUUAUACAAACACGUUCUUGGAUAGUUGUGACUGCAAAUUGUGUAAUCAUACAUGUGACAAAAAUACGAUUAACCUCAAUCAUAUGAUUAUCAGAAACCAAUCUAUAAAACUGGGGAGCCACUAAAUGAAAUAUUCGUGUGUUAGUCGAAAUAUACCAUGAUAAUUAUGCUUCGUGUAUAUGUUACACUUAAAACUUUAAUUAUAUUGAAUGACAUAGUUGUGGCGAUGCGCUUUGAUUGACGUGCUUGUGUACUUAGGUUUAAGUUCGCCUGGCCGUAACUAAUGACUGCCCAUUUAUCGUAGCUUCAGCGAAGGGGUUACAAACUACGUUGUCCUACUUUUAAACAUAAUCAUGGAACCGAUAUACCAGUGGCUCAGUACCACUCCUCAGUGUUCUAGUCAAUUUCUACAAUAAUAAAUGAUAAUGAAUUUCGUGAUAAUCCACAAAUGAGAUUCUGGUAUAAUGACUGUAACUCCUAAAAUAAGCACGAUUUUAUUGAUUUUUUAAGUACCUAAUGUCAGUAAAUUAUGGAAAUUAAUUCAGUAAAUUAUCUUUAAUGAAAUGAUGUGCAAUGAUUUUAUCACAACAGUUUUAAAUAAAUAUUUAUUUUGUAAUAUAUUUUGGGCUCAGCCUGCGUGGCUGUUUAUUUUGCUCAUUUUAAACAUAAUGAAUGUUUGUCACGUUAGUAAGUUGCAAUGCAUACCCACCACGUGAACAUUUCGCAAUUAAUGUUUCAAUGAUUGUGUUCAUGUUGAUUCAGUAACAAUAUUAUGUUUUAAUAACUAAUGUUUUAACUUUCGGCAAUGUAUUUAAUGGGUCAUCCAAUAUUUUCAGAGCCUUCUAUUUAUUAAAAUUCGUGUUUUUUUAAUUUAAUAUUAAUCAGCCGCAAUUUUAUCUGCAUGCAUGCAUUGAAGUGUUUUAUUUUAGCUUUAUUCUAGAUUUGGCCCUUUUUUAAAUUUUAUCGGAUUAAUAUUAUUUACUUUGUCCCAGUUUGCCUCGCCACUGACAUAAUUCUAAGUUGUCCAGUCAUUGUUAAAAACAAUGCUCUGUAUAAUGAAUACUUAGGACUAUUCGAGGCAAGCUAGUACAGACUGAAUAAAUAGUUGCAAAAACUACUGCUCUAUACAAAAUUAUUUUACGGCUAUACCGGUUUUAGUUGGUGGUUUUAACCUCAGAAAAUAAGCACGCGCUUAUUAAGUUUUAUUUUAAUUAUCUUUUCAAGCUCGACUUAAUUUUUUUUAUCGCCUCAAGACCUUUGCACAAAUUAUAUUACUAAAUUGUAAAUAUUUUAACUCUUCUUGUAUUUACUUCUAAAUGAUUUCAAACUAUGCUGUGGAAUUGUUCGUAGCGUCUGUUUUCUCAGGACGUAUACCCAUAAACUUAAUUCGUAUAUGUAAAGUAUUUCGUCGGAGGUACUAUGUGAAGGGUUUUUGAAAUUAUUUAUUUUAAUUUAUGUACCUACUAACAUUUUCUUACAAUCUUCUGUACAUACGGCGACAAUAGGUUUGUAUACCUGAUGGGGUAGUAUAAUGUUGUGUAAAGUUUCGCACCUACUAAUGUUAACUUCUUAAAUGUCUAAUUUGUGUAUAGUUUGUUUGGUAGAAAUUGUUUAUGGCCCAUUUUUUUUAUUUAGUUUAAAGUUCGAACUACAUCAUAAGGAUUUUAAUAGCAUUUUAUAUAUACUGGCUGUCCUUGGAAGUAUGGAUCAAACCGAGCAAGGGCACAGAGAUCGUUAUUUAUUAACUUUUCAUCUGACAAUGUUGGUCAUAUUCCUAACGGUUCCUAAGUUACGUUCAUAUUUUGUUUUGUUGAUUGAUUUUUCUUAUGCUUAGAGAACUGAUCACAAACAAAUAACAAGCAGGUGGGGUAGCAAUAUAGUUUUUAUUUUAAGAGACUAUACACACAGUUGCUCUUUUCUAAUCAUACUUUUACUCAGUAAAAUGUAAUAAUCAUCUAGUAUCGUGAAUGUUUUUCUGAUACUUAUAUGGUCUCCUUUUCCUACAAGAAUCUCUCGAUAGUUAAAUAAAUUUUCGUCAAACCGAACCUUUGUAGUAGACACAGUGUUUGAUUAUAAUUAAAAAUCACUUAACAGAAUAAAAAUUCGUAGUUACUUCUGGAACAUUAAUAAUUAGGCCAAAUGCACGGUUGGAGCAGCAGCUAGGCAAUUGGCUGCUGUGCAACUGGUCGCGGGUUUAUUUCUCUUUCGAAACAAUACUUUUUGUUAUCCACAAAUUGUUGUUACAUAUAUAUUAUAUUCCCAGAUGAAAGGUUAGGAAUUGCUCUCCUCUAUACCCCUGUUUGAUUUGAUCCUUACUUCCAGGGACACCCUGUAUAUUAAAACAAUUUUAAAAUAUUAUCUAAUUGUUUUGUAUAUACUUUGUUUGUUAUCGAGCAUAUUUUGUAGUUAAUGUAUGAACUUGCUGAUUUUUCUUCUUUUUAAUUUCCUUUAACUAUGCGAUAUUACCGAGUUCUGAGGGACUGUUAGCAUUUAUUGGCUCUGUGACUAAUAGAAUGACAAUCUCGGUGCGUCGUAUUUGUGUAACAAGGUAAGACGCUAAAUUGGAGUAUGUUGACGAUGUGUUUUUAUAUAGUUAGGCGAAACUAUCAUAACAUUUACUGUGUUGUGCGUGACGUUAAACUCAACUUACGUAGACAGUUUGUGUGACGACGGGGCUUGUAACCGGUGAUAUUAAGCCAGUCGUAUUAUUUAGCCUGUUGCCAUUAUCUUUAUAGUAAGACGUAUAAUGACAAUACAAAUUGAUCAAAUUAAACAGUAACUCGCUUAAGACAAAAAUGCGUAACAUUUAACAGUAUGUACAUCGUGAGUUUUUGGGAUUUCUUUGGGACGGAGAUUCAGAGAUCGGAUAUUGUGAGGUCCAGUCAACCUCACAAUGUUUGCAGUUGCUGCGCAAUUAUUUCUAUUUUCGUCCUAAAGUCCUGGCAAAAGCUCAUUAUGUGUUUUAAUUAUUCAGAUUCAUAUAAUAAUGUAUUUUAUUGGAUGGUUCGUAGUUUUCAAAUAUUUCUGUGUGUAUUUAUCUCAAUUGUAUCCUAUUUAAUAACAAUAUAAUAUUGCAGUUAUCGUCAAAAUAUUUCGCCAUAAGUGUAGUUUUGAAGAUGUUUGUCUAUAUGAUAUGAACUUUAUUAUAUUGUGUUACUGGAUAUUGAUAAAGUAAUUAAUCACUACAGCUCAGGUGAUACGUAAUCGACGGUAGAUACAUUUAAGUUUACCGUCAUUUGCAUUUCCCGACAAUCUUAAAGUAGUGUUGUAGUAUAUUUCUUAUAUGCCGAUUAGAAAUGUGUUUUGAUUUUACAUAAUAAUAGAUCUAAAUAUUUAUAAAUAACACUGUCUACUCAUAGGUGUGUAACGGAACAAAUCAAUUCGUAUAUUAUACUCAGCUCGCUAAACAAUUCCGACUAUUUGUAUUGUCAAUCAAAAUCAACGACUUUCUCCUGUUUUAGACGAAACCUUCAGAGACUCUGUGACGUAACAAUCUCACACAAAUAUCUGUAUUAGCAAUUGACUCAUAUAAAACUAUAUUUUUAGAAUCUAUGAAUUAGUAGUCACCGCGGUUUCGGGGCUCAUAUUUUAGGAAUCUUUUCAACCGUAUCAAAGCUCCAAAAGAGUUUUAUUUUAAAAGUUUCAUGUAGACAAAAUAAUGUAUAGUACAAAGGGGGCGUGCGUGGGCCGUUGUCAGCAGUAAUGUACUGCUUCGACUGUUAGCGUAUGAUCUGUAAAGCAAUACUUGUCUCCCAGAGACUCUACUCAUUGUUCUUCGUCACUUGGUGGCGACAGUUAAAAGGGCACGUCAAAGACAAAGCAAAGCGCCUUAGGAACUGUCACGAGGAAAGUGUAUGGAGAUCCCGCUUAUUGUCGGGUCUCCCUGCUAGGCCCCCUUUACGAGGCGGGCCCGGAAGAGCCGGGUCCUGCGUCGUGUAGUUCCAUGUCGCGUGGAAACGAUUAAUGCUGAUAAAAUGAUUUGUUUUAGAAUCGUUACUAGUUUGUUAUAAAAAACACCUUGUCUUCUACUCUUCAUAAGUUGACACUUCGGGACUGAAUUAAAUUCAUGAGUAAAUUAGUGUUAAAAUUUCUACAUACAUUAACAAUGAAUGUGAAUGAGUACCUAGCGCUCACAUUGAUGUGUGUUGAUGUCGUAUUUUACCCUUGUGGAGAUAACUCAAACUUUCAGGCUGUAUGUUGAUAUGAUUAUAUUUAUUUAUUUCGCGUGGCGGCCGGUACGCCGAGAAUUAGCAAAAUGUAUUGUUACUUAGUGCAUUCGGUGGCAGUUUUUGUAAUGACAAAGGAAUUAUUGUAAUAUAUAGUAUUUGCUUUUGACCUAAUUACAUUUAUUUCGAUUUCAAUUUGUGAGGAGUUAUCACUGGCUUAUAUAUAUAUAUAUAUAUAUUAUCAUGUUCAAACCACAAGGUCCACUACAUCCAUAGCAAUCAAUCGUUACUUUCAUCGGGCUACAAUAGUGGGAGUGUGCAGGCCGCCUAUUAUAAUUUUCGUCAAAAAAUGUACCAUACAGCCUUUGCCUAGCAUCUCUUGUAGGGUAAUAAAUGAAGCAAUAAGUGUAUGUAUGUACUGAUGUUGUAAUCUUUAAAUGUUAACUGUUUCGAUUUAUUAUAUGGAAAAUAUGUUUUACUUUAUGAAGACGUGUAAAUAUUAAAAUAGAAAUAAAUGAUAAAAUAAUGAUCACUGAA